AUGGAUAAGGCUCAAUCUGAUGUGCUUGCCCAAUUCCUUGAACAAGAACUAAGCGUUGACCAAAAAGUAAAGAGGAUACAAAGAAAAGUAUCAGAGUAUAUGAAAUAUUAUAAUUAUGAAGAAUAUGUAGAUAAUCCAACGAAAAGACUGGAAGAGAAAAUAAAAGAUGUUGAAGGAGUUUUAGAUAGAAUGGAUGAAACAAAGCAGAGAAGUGAUAUUGUAAUGAGAUUUGCACAAGACACAAUCAAUGAUAUGGUACAUUGGAUAGAUGAUAUCAACUCUGUGAUAGAGUCUAUUACAAUAUCAACUAAUAAAGUUGCAACAAGAAACAAUGAAUUAGUUUUAAGACUCACAGAUAUGGAACAUCAACUCUUUGAGGAAAAAAUAAAUGUAGCGCAAUCAGAUACAGAAAAGAAAGAGAUCGAAAGAAAAUACAACAAACAAAUUAGUGAAGCGAAUGAAAUGGUGAUAGAAAACAAAAACAAUACACCAAUUAUAAACACACAAAAUGAAAUUAUUCAAGUUAAAAUAAAAGACGUUGAACUAAGAAGAAAAAAUCAAGAAUUAAAAGAACAAAUAGAACUCCUUAAACAAGAAAACAUGGUAUUAAAAGAAGAGAUAAAGUCAAUGCAUAAAAAGUUUUAG